AUGGGCGUCCAAACGAGGCGGAUCGCCCAAGCGGCGACUUUUGGAGCAGCAAUUGUCAUCUUCACCAUGCUUUUUACUGCCUUCAACAUCUACUCGGAGAUCAACAAGAUCCGAGAAGAUGUGCUCGAGGAUAUGGGAGAAUUCAAAUUCAUGGCCAAUGGGGCCUGGUCCAGUCUGAUGACCUUGGACCAAGUCCGAGCUGCCCAACAAAAGACCUUUUCCGAAUUGAUUGGAAGAAACAAACGUCAAGCUGAAUGCCGUUGUCGAUCGCAGGCCAGAAACUGUCCUCGAGGUCGGCCCGGCCCUACCGGCUAUCCCGGUCCUAAUGGGGAACCCGGAGUCGACGGACCCAACGGAACUCCUGGAUCAGCUGGAAUCGAACAAAUCAAGGCGUUGUACCACACCAAUGCCAAAUGCAUUCAAUGCCCUCCGGGAAGACAAGGUCCGCCAGGCCCAUUGGGCCCCGUCGGAGCUCCCGGCUUGGAUGGAUACCCCGGAUUGACGGGUCAUCCCGGCAACGAUGGAUAUCCCGGACCUCCAGGCCCAAUCGGAGAUCGAGGAGAAGAUGGUGAAAGAGGGCAGCCGGGCCAACCGGGCCGAAAGGGAAUGGACGGCAGAAGAGCGGCCGAAAGAAUACCCGGCCCACCAGGAUCAAUCGGCCAACGAGGCCCUCCAGGUCAUCCAGGACAGCCCGGAGCGCCCAGUCGGCCGGAGCCUGGCCCAGUCGGAGCUCCGGGACCAAUCGGAGAGCCAGGAUACUCGGGACAAGACGGGCAUCCAGGAACUCCAGGAAAGGCGGGAAAUCCAGGAGAGGACUCGGCCUAUUGCCCCUGCCCUCCCAAAUCCAACUCGAAUGUCGGCGGAGGCUCUCACGGAGGCUAUGAAGGACCAGGUUCAGUGGCCAGACCAGCUCUUCCCGGACCAGCGCAGGCCUCAGUGCAGGACAUUGGGUACGGUCCCGCUCCCUCGGCCACUGCCUCUCCCCCCGCGCCCAGUCCCGAUGCUGGCUAUGGCGCUCCAGUUUCGAGCUCGUCGACUCCCGUCGUUACUCCAGCUCGUCCGGCACCAGCUCCCGAUGCUGCUUACGGUGGAGUUGCUGGCGGAUCCUCAGCUUCUGGUCCAACGACCACCACCGAAGAUCCUUAUUUCCCCACUCCCACCAACCGAAACUAUCGUCGAAGAAGGCUUCUGGCCCAACGAAGGCCUUAG